CACGCGAUAAAUAGUAUGAAUAGUAAUAUCGGAUACUGAACAGAAAAUAGAAAAGUAUCAAAAUAAAUUCAAAUCACACCAUCGUGACAGUUGGCUCCCCCACAAAAUAUUAAAUAUUAAUUAUUACCAGACUAAAUAAAUUUAAGGUAUAUAUAUAUAAGUAUAUAUAUCAUAAAUGCUGAUAUAUCAAAUGUGGAGAAAAUUUCCAAAAUUAAUAUUCUCAAGUCAAGGAACAAGUACGAGUACAAAUCCAAAUAUUACAAGUAGUAAAAUAGCUAUACGAACUAUAAUGACUAAGAAUAGAAUUCGAAUAGAAUCAAUUUCAAGUUUAAAACUGCAUGAAGGUGGAAAGAAAAUUAUACCUAAUUAUGUUAAAACUUCUGUACUAUCAAAACUUCAUAGAGUUGAAUGGCCAAGUCGUUUAGAAAAUAUAUAUAUUGUUAAAAAGCCAUGGAAUUAUAAUGUUCGAGAUGCUAUGAUUCAAGUAAUUGAACAUUUACAUGGGAAUUAUCCUCAAGUUAAAAUCAUUGUUAAUAAAACUGUUGCUGAUGAACUUUGGGAAGAAUGUAAUGGAACUAAAAAAUCAAAUGAAUUAAUUAAUGAUUUAGUAAUUUAUACUGGUGAAAUUGAAGAUAUUGUUGAUAAAACUGAUUUAAUUAUUACAUUAGGAGGGGAUGGAACAAUUUUAAGAGCAGUAAGUGUAUUUCUGAAUGUAAUUGUACCUCCAGUAUUAAGUUUUGCCUUAGGAACUUUAGGAUUUCUUUUACCAUUUGAUUUUAAAGCUUUUGAAUCAACUUUUAAAGAAGUUUAUGAAAAUAAAGCUCAAGCACUUCAUAGAACUAGAUUAGAAUGUCAUUUAAUUGGGAAAGAUAAAAAUUUACAACUGUCAGGAAGUCCAGGAAUGAUUCAUGCAAUGAAUGAUAUUGUAUUACAUAGAGGUAGUCAACCAAAUCUUACUGCAUUAGAUAUUAUAAUUGAUGGUGAAUUAUUAACUACUACAACAUGUGAUGGAAUAGUAUUAAGUACUCCUACUGGUUCAACAGCUUAUAGUUUAAGUUCAGGAGGUUCUAUAACUCAUCCUUCUGUACCUUGUAUUUUAUUAACUCCAAUUUGUCCAAGAUCACUUUCAUUUCGUCCAUUAAUUUUACCUGCAACAUCUCAUAUAAUAAUUCAAAUUAAUGAAAGUAAUCGAAAUGGUGCAAUUAAAUUAAGUAUUGAUGGAAUUUCUCAAGCUGAUAUGAAACCAGGUGAUCAAAUUCAUGUAAAUAGUGAUAAAACAAAUGGUGGUGAUUCUGCUAAUGGUAUAUGGUGUUUUGCUAGAAGUGAACAUGAUUGGACUAAGGAUAUAAAUGAAUUAUUAGGGUUUAAUUCUUCAUUUAGAGCUCAAAAGCAAGGUCAUCAUAUAUAAUAAAUGAUGUAUUAUGUAUAGUAUAAUUAUAGAUUUUCAAUCAUGAAUAUUACUAAAGCUUUAUAGUAUAUGUAUUAGAUAUUUUUAUAUAUGAGUAUAAAUGCAAUACAGAAAUUAGCAAACUAGUG